CUACUCCAGCCUCCGCUGCCUCAGCAUCCCGAGCGAGCCUUGCGGCCGCCGGAGCAGCUCCCGCGGCGGAGCAGGAGCCGGAUGGUCAGAGGAGCCCGGCAGUCCCAGCAGCCGCGGAGUCGCCUGGCCCCCAGACUGACUGGCACAGUGGAGAAACUACCUCGAAAACGGAAAAGCAGGACUGAAUUUGCUCUUAAAGAAACCAUGUCCUCUGGAGGUGCUGAAGAUGACAUCCCACAGGGAGAGAGGAAGACAGUCACAGAUUUCUGUUAUCUUUUGGAUAAAUCCAAGCAACUGUUCAAUGGGUUAAGAGAUUUGCCUCAAUAUGGACAGAAGCAGUGGCAAUCCUACUUUGGAAGAACUUUUGAUGUUUACACCAAACUCUGGAAAUUUCAGCAGCAGCAUCGACAAGUCUUGGAUAAUCGGUAUGGCUUGAAGCGGUGGCAAAUAGGAGAAAUUGCUUCCAAGAUUGGACAGCUGUAUUACCAUUAUUAUUUACGAACAUCUGAGACCAGCUAUCUGAAUGAGGCUUUCUCCUUCUACUCUGCAAUCAGACAGAGGUCAUACUACUCUCAAGUUAAUAAAGAAGACAGGCCUGAGUUGGUUGUUAAGAAACUCCGAUACUAUGCAAGAUUUAUAGUAGUUUGUCUUCUUCUUAACAAAAUGGAUGUUGUGAAAGACCUAGUAAAGGAGUUAUCUGAUGAAAUUGAAGAUUAUACUCAUCGCUUCAAUACUGAAGAUCAAGUUGAGUGGAACCUGGUGCUUCAAGAGGUGGCAGCCUUUAUUGAGGCAGACCCUGUGAUGGUGUUGAAUGAUGAUAACACCAUUGUUAUCACAUCUAAUCGCCUCACUGAAACAGGAGCCCCAUUGCUGGAGCAAGGCAUGAUUGUGGGGCAGUUGUCUCUGGCUGAUGCACUCAUUAUUGGUAAUUGUAAUAAUCAGGUCAAAUUCAGUGAAUUAACCGUUGACAUGUUCCGUAUGCUGCAAGCCUUGGAGAGGGAACCAAUGAAUUUAGCUUCCCAGAUGAAUAAACCAGGAAUACAGGAGUCAGCUGACAAGCCAACCAGACGGGAAAACCCCCACAAGUAUCUGCUCUACAAGCCGACCUUUAGCCAGCUGUAUACUUUCUUAGCAGCAUCUUUUAAGGAGCUGCCUGCCAAUAGUGUACUUCUGAUUUACCUGUCAGCCACUGGCGUUUUCCCCACAGGUCGUUCUGAUGGUGAAGGUCCCUACGACUUUGGAGGUGUACUCACUAACAGUAACCGGGACAUUAUAAAUGGAGACGCAAUCCACAAACGAAACCAGUCCCACAAGGAGAUGCACUGCCUUCACCCUGGAGAUCUCUAUCCGUUCACAAGGAAACCCUUGUUCAUCAUUGUGGACUCUUCCAACAGUAUUGCCUACAAGAAUUUCACAAACUUGUUCGGACAGCCACUUGUCUGCUUGCUUUCUCCCACGGCAUAUCCAAAAGCUCUGCAAGAUCAGUCUCAGCGAGGUAGCCUCUUCACUCUCUUUUUGAACAAUCCUCUAAUGGCCUUCCUAUUUGUGUCUGGAUUGUCAAGCAUGCGUAGAGGCCUGUGGGAAAAGUGUCAAGAAUAUCUUCGAAAAAUCAACCGUGAUAUUGCCCAGCUACUGACCCAUUCACGUUCAAUAGAUCAGGCCUUUCUCCAGUUUUUUGGAGAUGAGUUUCUUCGAUUGCUUCUCACAAGGUUUGUCUUCUGUUCAGCCACCAUGAGGAUGCACAAGGCCUUUCGGGAAACUCGGAAUUACCCAGAAUCCUAUCCGCAACUACCAAGGGAUGAGACUGUGGAGAGCCCUCACCUUCAGAAGCAUAUUUUAGAAUUGGCCUCCAUUCUGGAUGUUCGCAGCGUCUUCUUUGAGAACCCCAUGGACGACUAUUAAAACCCUCUUGUUUAUCCUCUUUCAUCUUCCACAGGUUUAAACGGUGCAGUUUUUAUGUGAUGACAGAGACCCUUAUUCGGUUUUUAUUUGUGAACUUAGGAACCACCAUUUUAAAAACAAACUGAAAAAAGUUCAAACUUUUAGGGUAACUUUUAAAAUAUAAUGUUUCAAGUCUUUUAAAGUCUCAAUCUUGAAAUUUUUAUUUUUGAUUUUGACAUUAUAUACUUACCUCCAACAUCUAAUCCUACAUUCAUAUAGGUACUAUUGCCUCCCUAAGAAGAAUAAAUUGUUUAUUUUUUUUACAUAAUGAGGACAAUCCAGAAGUUAUACUUGGACAUUUAAAUGUCUGGAUUUGAGAAAUAUCUAACUGUCCAUAGUGGUGAAACUGGCCACAUGGACUACUGAAAGUCAAGAGCCAGCCCUUCUGUAGAGUUUCUUCUCAGUCCAUACUGAUAGGUAGGAAAAUGAUGGACAAAGGGAUUUCUUGAAAUUGAUGAAUUUCAUCAAUGUUGUCAGAUUUUUAGAAUCUGUUUAGGGCUGAUUUACAUCUGGAAAUUAAAUCUUCAAUUGGAACUUUGAGGUUGACAGACCUUACUUAGAAUGUGAAUACUAUUAUCAUGAGAUUUGUUUGUGUAUUUUAUUUUCUUUAUGGUCGUGAAUGCUGGAAAUACAAAGGAAAAUACUUUUAAAUAUCUCAACCAAAAAUCAAGUUGUUGGUUUCAUAAUCUUGCACUGUGUCCAGUAGGAUUUCUACAUAGACUUCAUUGACAAUACUUGGCUUCAAAUAGUGUCUUGAUUUACUCAUUGGUAUAGUCAUGCACAGUUUCUAGUUCCUUUUCAUAUUCGAGUUUCCAAGGCAUCUAUGUCAGAGAUGCUAUUAGUGUGAGUUGAGGAUAACCGGGCGUUAGGAAAGCAAAUCAUGAGUUCAUUUUAAUUUUGCUUUGACAAUUUGGAAAUAAGAUAUUAAAACUUUGCGUUUUCUUAAUUUUAUAUUAAUAUGCAAGUUUUUAUUAUUAUUUUAAAUAGGACUCAGUAUGUAAAGGUUUUUAUGUGUUCUUCCCCUCCAUCUCCUUCAUAAUCUCAAAGGUACUAGCUGUGAAGAUUCCUUCCAUCUUGACUUCUUUGGGUUGUAUGGCAUUUAAGCUCAGAAAUGCAAGAAUCACAAGACCUUCUCCCUAUUUUCUGUGUAGGUUCAUGGUCUCAUCCUGGCAGUUCCUGGAGAAAUGAGGUAGCUCUUUUCAGCACAUCUUUCCUGUGUCCCUGAGGAAAUGGUUAUGAGGUGUUUUAACCUGGUUCCCUCCUCUCCCCUAGAGCAUCAUUUGAGUGUAGAUUGUAACUGUUUCAGCUCCAGCACGCUGAGUACAUGAACUCCGGGUUAUGGUUAGGUUGAGAGCUUGGGAUAGUUCAUUUCUUUUUAAAAUUGUUGCUUUGUUCUUUCAUUCAGUAUUUUUAGAAGCUUAGAAAAAGUUACUCUCUGGAUAGAGCCUUUCCAGGUGUUGGUUUUUCUUUUUAAAAAGUUUACUUGUUUGCGGGGGUGGCACACACCAUUAACUCCAGUACUUGGGAGGUAGAGGCAGGCGGAUCUCUGUGAGUUCAAGGCCAGCCUGGUCUACAGAGAAAGUUCCAGGACAGCCAAGACUACAAUACAGAGAAACCCUGUCUCAAAUAAACCAUAAUAUAUCAUGGUUUUCCUCUCCUAACUCUUCUCCUGGACUAUAGCAAUAGAUGGUCAUUAGCUGCCUGGCCUCUGGUCCAGUUUCCUUAAGUGCUGUGCUUACAGCACACACUUUACUGUUCCCUGUCCUGUGUUUAAUCCUUUUCUGCUAAACAUAAGGACCACUAGAUUCAAAACCAAGAAGUCUGAGUUCUGAUCCUGGCUUAUUUAGUAACUAGCAUGAUGCCCUUUGACAAAUAGCUUCAUGUGUCUGCUUCUUAGCGCUCUUCUGUAUAGAAUACAGUCACUAACCCAAGGUCCUAUUCUUGUCUGUGACUUUGCAGUUUGGAACCUUGUUUCCAAAUAUGUUGAUUUCCUCCCCAUUCCAGAAAAGUUGAUUUGUGUGUUUUGGGCACUAUAACAUCCUUUUUGUAUCGUGUUUAAUAAGAUUUAAAAAAAAAAAAAAAGUUAUAGGUCCUACUUAGCUGCUUUAAGACUUGCUUAGAGAGACUGUCCUGGAAAAAUCAGACCUUCCAUGAUCAGAAAUAUGUGUGUCUUAGAGAUCACAGUGUAAAUAUAGAUUAUAAUAGCAAGGGCCCUUAAACUAACAGUAAUGCAGUUCCUAACUGGUGGCUAAAGAUCUAAGUAGACCAGAACUAAGGCUGUAGUGGCAGUGUUUAGCAAAUACUGAGAAAUUCUGAGCUUGGUCUCCAUAACUAGGGAGGAGUUUGUAAAAAAAUUUACAAAGAAAAAUACUAGAAACAAUUUUGAACUGGAUGUGGUGAUGUGUGUCUAUAAUCCCAGUACACGGGAGGCUAAAGCAGGAGGGUUACAAGGUCAGGGCUAACCUAGAGUAUAGCAGAAGUCCAUCUCAAGAAUAAUUGAAUCUCUUGAGAGCAAAUCUGCAGUAGGAAACUUAAAGCUUUUUUUAAUCUGUGCUUUAAAAAAAAAAAACAACAUGUAUUGUACAGCUGCUGUGCACCACACUUUCUUUAUGGCACCUGGAAUGCAAGCAGAGAAGACUUAAAGAUCUUUGCCUUGAAGACAAAGAUUGUGGUGUAGUAGUAGAGCCUUGCCUAGAGUGCACAACGCCCUGGCUUCCAUUCCCAGCACUUAGAGGCAGAGCAUCAGGAGUUCAAGGCCACCCUAGCCAUACAGAGUGCACUCUAGACCAGCCUGGGCUACAUCAGACCCCAUCGCAAAAACAGAUUUGCGUACAUAAGCCCUAUUUAAUCUUAAUCUUAGAACUUAUGAAAACUUAUGGAACUAAAAACAGCAAAGCUGAAGAAGCAACUUUUUUUAGUCAAAUUGCACAAAUCUCGCUAUAGAUUCUAGUAAAGUUUCCUCUGUCUCUCUCUCUCUCUCUCUCUCUCUCUCUCUCUCUCUCUCUCUCUCUCUCUUUGAGGCAAGGUUUCUCUAGCUUUGGUGCCUGUCCUGGCACUCGCUUUGUAGACCAGGCUGGCCUCCAACUCACAGAGAUCCACCUGCCUCUGUCUCCCGAGUGCUGGGAUUAAAGGCGUGCGUCACUACCGCUCAGCCUAUAUUGCCAAUCUCUUAAAAAUCACUGCAAACACCAAGCGGUGGUGGCACACACCUUUAAUCCAGCACUCAGGAAGCAAAGGAAGGCAGAUUUUGAGAUCCGAGGACAUCCUGGUCUACAGAGCAAGUCCCAGGACAGCCAGGACUACACAGAGAACCUGUCUUGAAACACAAACAAAAAAAGAAUCCCUGUAAACCAACUAGAAAGCAUCAAAGAGAUGGGUGCGAGAGACCAGUUGCACACAAAGCAAAGUGAAGCACAAUAGGACUUCCUUUGUCUCCAUAUAUGUCUUACACAGGGCAGUCUCCGUCCUGUUUUAUAGAAGAGAAAGCUGAGGUGUCAGAAGCUGCUCGUUAUCCAGUGAUAGAGCUACGAGAACACGAUCUCAUCUCAGCCCCCUCUCCCCUAGCUCAGGCUUCUUUCUGUCAUGAACAAGAAGGAAAAUAUUAGAGCUAUAUUAAUAUAAAAAUUAAGAUUUCUCACUGUAUUGGCUGUUGAAAACCAUCAGGAUGAGGCUCAAUCAUCCUUACCUGGCAUCUGCCAGGCCCUGUGUAUAAUUCCCGGUACAGUGGCUAUUCAUGCCGGUGAAUCAUUCACCUCAACACAUUUUUAUCAAUUAUAAAAUCAGAUGUUUCUUUCUUUGAUUUCAGUAAGGGUGUAUCUUUGUAUGUAAAUAUUUCCUUCCUAGGAAGUGGUGCUCUCGGGACCUUUCAAAGCACAGAAUUGAUUGUGCCCUUUAUAUUUUUUAACAAAGUUGAAAUGUUUCACAGUUUUGGAAUUGGGGUGUAAUUUGAUCUUGAGGUUUUCCUGACUUGGGGUUUGGGUGUGGAAUUUGAUUUUUUUUUCUCCUCUGACAUGCAGUAGAAUUCCCUUAUCUGGGUAAUGGUACUGAAUCUCAUUAAUGUCCAGGGAGAAGUCCAAGUCAGACUCCUGAGGCAGUUACAGACCCUUCUCUAGCGCUCUUCAAGUCCAGUCUGUCUGUGUCUGAGCAAAGGCUUCAAGAUAGUUGAAAAGUCUCACUUAUCCAUGGAGAUGUGUAAUCACCCCAAUAACCAGAGAAUGUUCUGGACUAGAGACACAUUAAGGUGCCAGUGUCUGGAAACUUGGCUCCUCCAGAAUCAUCUUUCCACCCUGUGUGAGUAUAAGACUAUGAAUCUGAAUGCCUUGAGUUUCCUGGUAAUUUAGGAAUGAUUUCUAUUCUCUUGUUUAUUUUUGGAGAAUUCAAAGAGUAUUUAGGAUUAGGGAUCUUUUUUGAACUUAUUUAUUUGAAAUCCUUAUUUUUAAUGGCAUGUGUAUAUUUUUGUGAUGCUAAAUGCAAUCUCUAUAAACUUUUUGUAUAUAUGUGUAUAUAUCUGUAAAUAUCUUGGUAUGCAGUUAUAUACAGUGUGUGUAUAUUAUAUACCCAUACCCAUUGUGGGCUGAAUUUAUUUUAGUUCUGUGAGGACAUCAGAGUGGCAUUGUUCAUGCUACUAUAAUUAGGUUGUGGCUGGAUCUCAUUCACAAGCCUCAAUUUUAAGGGGCUUGUGUUGGGAUAAGAUGGGCUCCUUUGGAGUUGAAAUUAGAAUAUGAAGAUGUUAAGAAAAGACUGCCUAUUCUCAGCUUUAAAUUCAUUUGCCAACUUCAAUUUAAAUUGAUAAAUUCACUAGAAACCUGAAAACCUAAGUUUGUGAACUGAGACACCAGCAGGAUCUUAAUCUUUAUUAGUCCUUUAUUUUUUUUAAGCCCAUAUUUGAGUGUUACUACUGAGUAGAAGAUUGUUUAUAUUAGGACUUUAGGAGCUGUUAGAAAUAGGAAAUGACUUUUAAGCCAUUCAAUAUCUGAUGCUAAUUUUUAAUUUUUGAAUUUUUUCCCAUCAAUAUACUCAUUCUAUAUGUGUCUCUGAGGCAGAAGGGGCAUUCACUAAGGAAGGCCAAACCUCGGUAGGCUGGACAGAGAGGAGCUGGGUUGUUGAUUUGUGUGUGUCUGUAGCAGUGUCUGCUUAAAUAGACUUUUCUUUCUUUUUUUUUUUUUUUUUUUUGUAUUGUAUAUCAAAGGUGAGUCUGUUCAUCUGAAAAAAAAAUGCUUCCAGCAAAUUCAGUGCCUCCACUUUCAUUGCUGAGAUCUCUGGAAAUACUUUUGCUUUAUAUUUUUAUUUGUAUUUGGUUUGGUUUGAGGCAGGGUUUCUCUCUGUAGCCCUGGCUGACCUCUAACUCAGAGAGCUGCCUGCCUCUGCCCACCACCUUGUUUGCUCUACAUUUUGACCAUACAUUCACACUAGAAGUAGAUCUCUUAAUAUGAAGUGCCUGAGAGGCUCUCAGUUAAGCACGGUGUGUGACAAAGGUGAAUCUGUAAUCCCAGUUCUAGGGAGAAGGAGAUGUAAUUGAGUUCAAGGCCAGCUUCUGCUGCAUAGGAAGUUGAGGAACAAUGUGGGCUCCAGGAGACCCUGUCUCAAAUAUCCUAACAGAAAGACUUGGGAUAAUGGUGUUGAGGACAGUAAAAUUAUAGAAAACAUGUACAGUGCCAGAUUGUGAAUGUUGGGGAUCAGGCAGAGUGUCUUUAGUUCACACGUGUUUGCAUGAAUGAAUAUAAAGGAUAUUUAAACACACCUGUACAUUCACUGAGAAGAGUAAUUUCUGCAUUGUAAACUAACUGCAAGACAGCUUUCUACUCCAUUCUUCAAAUAAACAAAUCUCUCUUAUUAUUAUUACAUUAAAAAAUUAAUUCAAGUCAAUUCUACCACUUCUAAAAUAAAGCAGCUAGUUAGUCAUAAUACUUUUCAAUUAUACUCUUGGUUAUCUUUUUCUUAAAAUAUAUUAAGAUGCAUUAAUGUGUUAUUUCUGAGAAAUCCUUAAAAAAAAAAAUGCCAGCACUCGGGAGGCAGAGGCAGGCAGAUUUCUGGGAGUUCGAGACCAGCCUGGUCUACAAGCUAGUUCCAGGACAGGCUCCAAAACCACAGAGAAACCCUGUCUCGAAAAACCAAAGAAAAAAAAAAGUUCACAGGCUCUCAUGUUGGUUAAGCGUCCAAACCUUUUAGCAGGUGGCAGAUCAUGUGUCGUUUAAACUUCAUGAAACUGGGGGCUGGUGAGAUGGCUCAGCAGUUAAGAGCACCUUUUUGUUUUUUGUUGUUUGUUUUUGUUUUGCUUUUUUGAGGCAGACUCUCUAUGUAGUACUGGCUGUCCUAGAGCUUACUAUAUAGACUAAGCUGGCCUUGAACUCACAGAGUUCCUCCAGCCUCACCCUCCUGAGUGCUGAGAUUAAAGUCAUGCACCACACCAUGCCUGGCUAAGAGGCUUCUUACAGGACCUAACUGUCAUUCUUAGUACCCACAUGGCUGCUCAGUCUUUAGUUCUAGGACAUCUGACAGCCUCUUCUGGCCUCUGUGAUGCAUAGACAUACAUGCAGGCAAAACACGCAUACACUUAAAUAUAUAUAUAUUUUGUAAGCAUAGAAAGUAAGGUUGAUGUUGUGCCUGUUUUGUCCCAAACAGUUACAAAGCUGAUAACUUUGCAGUUGAAUAAAAUACAAAUUGUUGAGAAAACCAACCCUUUUCCCCACAUUCUCUUGAAUGCAUGUGAGCUGAUAUUGUAUACAGAGUCAACUCUGAGUCUUUCCUGAGUACUGGGACCACUUAAUUUAAUGAAAAUAAAAAGGCGAUUUAUCAUCCUUAGACUAAACCUUCCAAACAUAAAUCUCUGUUAGUCCCAUUUUCCCUGAGUUCUCUGAACACAGAAGUUAAUUUUCAACAUGCUUUGUAUUUAGUGGAGAAUAAUUUAUCUGUGAAUAGGAUAAACGCCUGCCUACAGGAAAGUAGUGAUAUAGGAGAAUAUGUGAUUAGGUAAGCAUCAAUGUAUUUUUUUUUAUUUAUUUAUUAUGUAUACAGUGUUCUGCCUGCAUGUGUGCCUGCAGGCCAGAAGAGGGCACCAGAUCUUAUUACAGAUGGUUGUGAGCCACCAUAUGGUUGCUGGGAAUUAAACUCUGGACCUCUGGAAGAACAGCCAGUACUCAUAACCUCUGAGCCAUCUCUCCAGCCAAAGCAUAGAUGUAUUAAGUAUAACUAAUUUGAUACUAUAGAAGAAGUAUUUUCUUUGGAAUUCUGUAACUAUGUUUUCAUAGGUGAAAAUCAGUAUAGAAUUACUUUUUUUUUCUGUUAAAUUUUUUGAGACAGGGUUUCUCUGUGUGACGGUCCGGAACUCGCUUUGUAGACAAGGCUGGCCUCAAACUCAGAGAUCUGCUGCCUCUGCCUUCUCCUAAGUGCUGGGAUUAAAGGCUUGCGCCACCAGUGCCCAGCUAUAGUUACAUUUUUAUUAAGCACUGUUAAUUAUUCAGAACUGUAAUACCAUUUCAUAAUUUUAAAAUGUUCCCUUUUUGAUUGUUUGUUUUGGUUUUUCAACACAGGGUUUCUCUGUAGCUUUUGGAGGCUAGUUCCAGGACAACCAGGGCUACACAGAGAAACCCUCUCAAAACUCCCCACCCCAAAAAAAUAAUAAACAUUAUAAAAUAUUAAAUGAUGUUACUCCUGUCCCAGUAAACAUUUCCGAACCACAGAGAAAUGCCACUGUCUGUUUUCAAUAUUUUAACUUCCAUCCUCUUUUGCAUGCCGUUAAUUGAUUUUUUUUCCUAAGUUAAAAGUAUGCAGUGGUAUAUUUAAAAUCUUCAGAGAAAAAAAUUAAAGUGUCAUACCAUAAUAAGUUUUGUUACUAUUUCCUGGAGAAUUGUUUUUUUAAAAUAAUUCUCAAUUCUCAUUAAAUUACAUUGUGUGGUUUAGUACAGUAAUUCAGAACUUGAUUUUUGUGGCUUUUUGUAGUUACCUAGAAACGUUCUUUUCAUCACAUAAUCACUAGUUUUUCAGACUUUUCUUUUUCAUUUUUCAAAAAUAAGCUUUAUUUUUUUUCAGCUGGAGUACUGUAUAUUAUGGAAUUCUUACAAUAGAGGCAGAAAGGUCUACAUACCAAGAAAUGCAGAUAAGUGUCCUAGCACGUUCUUAGUAGAGAUGACAAGGGAAGGAAUUUCCCCAGAGAAGUUACGCUCGUUUUGUGGUACCAAUAUAAGUAGUAGUUGCAUUUGUCACUGAAUCACAUGAAGUACCUAGAAAUCGUUUAUUUUACUUUGCUGUGAAGAUUAGUAGAAUGUCACAGAACUUUGAUAUUUUCUGAGCAGUUUCCAUUUAAGACUAUCAGUUAGCUUUUUUCAAAGUAUCACUAAAGUUAAUUUAAUCAAGCAAGAAUUUUUUUUAAGUUGUUUGAUCUUCUUUACCCUAAAAAUAAUGGUGACUCUAUUGUCUACAUUAUGUUAGUCAGAAAUGCACUUGUUGAAAUCAUAGCAGAAACUAUACUUGACUUUAUAGUAAUAUGAAACACUAUUUUAAAAAUGUGCUUGUCUGUAACUGAAAUGUUAUAGAAUUGUAACACUGUAGGGAUUAUAGAGUUCUAUUCAUUAGCUCUCAAGAGGUGAAGCACAGCAAUUUUCAUGUAAUAAUCCUUAUCCGAGUGCUCUCCGUCACGCACAUAACAGAGCGAACCGCUUGUCUAUCUAGUUGUUCACAGAUCCCUACAUCCUUGAGACGGUCUUGCUCAUUUGUAUUAAAAUUGGGGUAUUGUGACUUAAUACUUUAGAAUAAACCUGUCAAUCAGCUAACUCUGUUAUACAGUAAAUUGUUCGGAUUCACAAAGUUUAUGUGUUAAUGGUAGAUUUUGAAGACUAUUACCAUAAUAUUAAGGGACAAUUAUAUUGUCAGUAUCAUUUGACUUGAACAUUUGUGUUGCUGUAAAAGUCUUGUCUGUUGGUGUUUCUAAAUUGCUUAAAGUAUACAUUCUCUUAGGUUUUCUCUUUUGUUUUGUUUCUUUCCAGCAGUUAUUCCCUGCUUUUGUCUGUUACAAUUAAGAUUUUUAGAGACCUUACAUAUUGACAAGUUCUUAAACAUUUUCUUGAGUUGAUCGCUUGACCCUUGUGUAAUUUGUCAUGCAGGAUGCGAGCCUUUCACUUCUAUACUACAUGAAUUUCAGAGUAAACACUGUGAUUCUGCAGAGCAGAUUCUGUAGGCGUUGCAAUGUGCUUUCCUGUUACACAGUGCCUAUCACUGAGGGCACUUAAAUACUAGAAGAUGGGAAAUAAAAUGUUGUUUUGAUGUUUGCUAAAUAACAAAAUUAAAGAAUAUUUGGGUUUUGUGGUCAGUGUAAUAAAGAACCUUGCAUUGAUAAAUAUUCCCUAGGAAUGUGUAUACAUUCAUCAAGUGUGAACUCUUGUAAAUGAAUUUUGUAUCUUGAAUCGCGUAUAUAUUAAGUGUAUCAUCAAUACAAAAAAUAAACAUUAUUUG